CGGACUGAGAAGCCGGUUUGAAGGGAGUUGGGCUGUAGACACGGGAGGUGGCGAUCUGAGUAGGACUUAAAGAAUGAAAAGUGGGAUUGGAGCUGGGUCUCUCUGAAUCGAAAUAGUGGGAUUACAAUUAGGGCGGAAACGAAAGAGAAAAAAACCGACAGUAUAUAUAUCCAUAAAAGUUUUCUUUCUUGGCGAAAGAGUCUGUAGUCGAGGUUGUUACGUCUGAACUGUCCGAGUUGACUGAGGGUUGAGGUGGGGCUGCCAUUAGACAACACGGGCUUUGAUUGAUCGUGUUCCGCUGUUCACUAGUGAAUCAGCCUUUUUUUUACCAAAUCUGGAACAAAGGCUUUUUUUGAGAGAAAAUGUCCGGUUUGAUGUUAUAAGUGAUGAUAGCGAUCUAUAGAAGCAGAAGCCUUCGUCAAAGAUUUGAUUACACAACACUGAGUGGUGUUGCAAAGUUAGUUUGCUAGUGAAUUUUCGCCUAAAAGCAGGGCUUUUUUUUUUUCUUCUUCCAAGUGGUCAGGCUUGUUCACAUUGAGUUGUACGAGAUCAUUUCGAUAUAAGGUGUAAGGGAGGUCUUACCGAUUUAAGAAAUAAAAAAAAGUUCGAUUUAUGUAAGUAAUGGAAUUUUAAAAUAUAAUGGGUACCUAUAUUUCGUGUUGGUCGUUUCGUGUGGGGUAAUGUUUUAGAAAGACCCUCUUUCUCUCCUGGAGAAAUGUCCGUGACUCACGAUACAGGAUGUCUGGAUGAUGGAGCCGAUCUCCAAGCCUUUAAUAAAAAGAGGGGGAGAGAGAAACGCCAACUCUGGGUUGCGGAACGACAAAGAUUUAUUUGGACUUCAAUGGAAAAGACCAGCCUGAUGUUUUGAAGCCUGCCAUCUGAAAAAGCCCAGAGCUGCAGCGCCCUGUUGUAUCGGAGCAAACAGUCAGGAAUUCCUCCGGAUUGCAGCAGACGAAGGCAAUAACUCAGCAAUGCGCUCGCAGGCCCGGACAGCUCCCGCCCGCGGCAGCCCUGCUAUUCCAGCCAUUCCGUGCAGAUCCUGACACCUGCGCUCUGCCGCUGUCUGCCUGCUCCUGUUUUUGUACGCAGUGAGCGCAGACAAGGAACACGGGCAGCUAUAAAAGCCCCCAAAUGAUGUUCUGCCUUCAGUCCCAGAGGAUCGAAAGCUGGGCCCACAGAGCCACGGACAAGAUCGCACCAGCCCGUCCAGGAUGGACCAGACCAUGCUGCUCAACGUUGAAGGAGUGAAGAAGACUAUUCUACACGGAGGAUCCUCCGAGCUGCCCAAAUUCAUCACUGGGACAAAGGUGACCUUCCAUUUCCGAACCCUGCUGUGUGACGAUGACCGGACAGUGCUGGACGACAGUAAGAAGGUGGGGGUGCCCAUGGAGAUAGUGAUUGGGAACAUGUUCAAGCUGGAAAUCUGGGAGACCCUCAUUACCUCCAUGAGGACAGAGGAAGUGGCUGAGUUCUGGUGUGACGUCAUUCACACAGGUCUGUACCCCAUUGUUGCCAAGAGCCUGCGACGCAUUGCAGAAGGGAAGGACCCUGUAGACUGGCACAUCCACACUUGUGGCAUGGCCAACAUGUUCGCCUACCACAGCUUGGGCUACCCAGAUCUGGACGAGCUGCAGAAGGAGCCCCAGCCCCUGAUAUUUGUCUUGGAGCUGGUCAAGGUGGAGCAGCCCAGUGAGUACAACAGAGAGUCCUGGGCUCUGAAUGACGAGGAGAGGCUGAAGGCGGUACCCCUUCUCCAUGGACAGGGGAACAAGCUCUUCAAACAGGGACGAUAUGAGGACGCAACCAACAAGUACAAAGAAGCUAUCAUCUGCCUCAGAAAUAUACAGACCAAGGAGAAAGGUUGGGAGGCACCCUGGCUGAAGCUGGAAAAGAUGGCCAACACACUCAUUCUCAACUACUGCCAGUGCCUGCUCCGCAUGGAGGAGUACUAUGAGGUGCUGGAGCACACGACUGACAUCAUCAACCAUCACCCGGGGGUGAAGAAAGCCUACUACAUCCGGGCUAAGGCACACGUGGAGGUGUGGAACGAGCAGGAGGCCAAGGCUGACUUCCAGAAGGUCCUGGAUCUAGACCCCAGCAUGGCGAAGACAGUGAGGAAGGAGCUGAUGAUCCUGCACAUGCGGAUGGAGGAGAAGAGGGAGGAGGACAGACUCAAGUACAAAGGCAUGUUCUGAACCACAGCAACGAAGCUGCACGGCCCUUUCAAGGCAUCAGGCUGGCUCCAGGGCCCGCUUCUGCCUAAUGUAAAUGAUCGAAAAGGAACGCCGCCUUUUACACAAACACUGUCGACCACUUUGGCUUCACUGAUCUUCUGACUGUUCAUAACAGUGUCAGAUGUUUUACCAGAUGACGACAGUAUUAAAAUAGAUCCUGAAUAAGGGCAUGCACAAAGAAAAUAAAUCCAUACAGUAAAAAAAAAAAACAUUGCGUAUUUUUUCUCAUCUCUUGGAAUAUCAGAUAUGUGCAAGAUUCUGUGUUUAGCUCAUACAGUAAAUGUGUUCUUUCUGUUGGUCCAAGUCAGUGCCACAUCAGUUACAACCAUCAGUACAGACAUCGCCAUAUACUGUACACAUUUCCAGGCACCUGUGCUUCAGCCUGUUCCAAGGGACUUUCCUCUGCUCUGCUGGGACAUUAUUGU